GAACUUAUAAUUAGCGUAACUACUUUGUUUGGUUAUAAAUUAUGUUAUCAUUUGGCAACAUUAAUACAGACCGUCAUGUGAGUUUAUAUUGUACUUGGUCUUGUUCAAGUAAUGUCAUUGUCAGAUGUCACACAAAGUGAAUUAAAUACGAACGAUCAGCAAGGUUGCACAAGAACGGGAGGUGAAUGGACGUGAAUUUAAAUUCAUGAUAAAAUAAGCAAAAAAACAAUGUUACUGUAAUGGUUGUGAGUGGUGCGCUCGUGCAAACAUGGCUUACGAUAUCGGGUGGAUCAUCCCGCGCCUGCGAAACCCGGGUCGGCUGUGGUACUGCGCCAGUUCCAUCACGGUGGCAGUGGUUGGUUUGUUCAGCAAGUUAAUUGUAGAGUUCCUCAACAAGACGACGGUGUACAACCGCGAGGCACUGUUGCGCGCCGUCCAGCGGCCGCCCGACGUGCCGCUGCUGACCGUGUCCAACCACCACUCGUGCUUCGACGACCCCGGCCUGUGGGGCGUGCUGGACACGGGUACGCUGCUGCGCGGCGCGCGCAUGCGCUGGUCGCUGGCGGCGCACGACAUCUGCUUCACGAACGCGCUGCACUCCGCAUUCUUCGCGCUCGGGAAGUGCGUGCCCGUCGUGCGCGGCGCUGGAGUCUAUCAGCCGGCGAUGGACUUCUGCGUGGAGCGCCUGGAGCGCGGCGAGUGGGUGCACAUCUUCCCCGAGGGCCGCGUCAACGUGGAGAAGGAGCGCAUCCGCUUCAAGUGGGGCGUGGGCCGCCUCGUGGCCGACAGCGCGGCCCGCGGCUGCGCGCCCGUCGUGCUGCCCGUGUGGCACGAGGGCAUGGACCGCGUGCUGCCCAACACUGAGCCCUACCGCCUGCGCUGCCGCAACCGCCUCUACCUCGCCGUGGGCGAGCCCAUCCGCCUGCACGCCCUGCUCGAUAAGCUGAAGACCGCCAACGCGACGGAGGAGGAGACGCGGCGCGCGAUCACCGAGCGCAUCCAGGACGAGCUGCUCAAGCUGCGCGAGCACGCGCACGCGCUCAUCCGCCGCGCGGUCGGCGCCGACGCCGCGCCGCCCGAGCGCAACCACAACUCGUGCGCCGCCGCCGACAGGCACGGCGCCGACUCGCGCGCCGCCGACUCGCGCCCCGCCGACAGGCGCGCCGACUCGCACGCCGACCGGGACCUGUGAGGCCGCCGCCGGGCGACCGCUCUCCGGUCCCGAGCCGGCUGGACGCUCCGACGGCGGCGCGCGUGCGUCUGCGGGGUUCUAUAAUAAGUUUCUAAAUAGGAGAAUUAAAGUUUUGUACGAACCUUUACAUUGUUAUCGUUUAUGAGUGACGUUUUCAUAUCUCUUGAUUUUAACGUAAAAACUUUACUGCGCACAAGAACUCGGUGUAUCUGGAUAUAAUGUUCGGGUGUUAUACAGUUCUCUUGACGUUCGAUCGAGCCGAGCGAGCUCUUUGAUCUUUCGAUCUUUUGAGUCGUUUGAAAUCUAAUAUAAUAUCCUUUUUUAAAUAGUUUUUAUUCAAAUCUCGUGAUGUUUAAAACGAUCGAUUCGGCCGAUGUGGCCGAGGCAUUUACGUAUUCUCUUGUGAUUGAGGUGAGUUUUACUAUAUCGGUGUGAGGAUCGCGCGCUCUGCUCGAAGCGAACGAUAGCGGUGUCUCUGCUUCGUCGGAUACAUGUCCUCUGGGAAGGCACAACUUAUACAAUUGCACUUAAAUUUAAAUAUUAUAACAUAACUUUUAUCUUAUUGACAAAAUUGGUGCAAUGAACUAUGAGUUAUUAUGCAAUAUAAAGUACUAAGGGAUAUUAGAGUACACUGCGCUUUGUAGCCGUGUCUGUACUAAGUGUUACCAGUAUGAAAUGCCAUUACAAACAUUUUAACUUUGCCGCUCUGAAGCUGCAGCUUGUGCAUGCGGUUGCCGAUUACGUUACGUGGAACCUUACUCUUGUUAAUAGUCUGCACUCGAUGUUUUCUGUUGUUGGUUUUUGUUAUUUUAUUUAUCUCGUUGAAGCUGUUCACUUCAACGGGCUUUUGUUAUUUAUUAUAGUCGCUAAUUAAAAAAAAAAAAAAAACAAAAAAAAAAUUGGUAUUGUGUAGCUAAGAACUAUUUAAAUAAACAAGAAUUUCAUUGAUUCAACUUAUCAUAGUUUUAUUUUCUAACAUCUCACUAGAACUAAUUCUUUUCUUCUUCACAUAUCCGUUUAAAAAUAGACUUUAAGAGAAGAGCUGCCUAAGAGCCGAGUUGAAAUGUUUGUAUCGUAGGAGCGUAACCCGUCUUCUGUGUGUAGUGCGCGUAGUGCGCGUAGUGCGCGUAGUGCGCGUAGUGCUCGGUGUUACUCGUUGGUAUUAAUCGCAAUCAGUAUGAAUAUAUUUAAAGAAUGUUUCAAUAUGAAAAAUCCUAUUUAUUUUUUAAUUUAUAAAUAAUUUUACACAUUAUUAAUUAUAUACAGCACCUACGUUUCAAAUCUUAUAUAAAAUUAAUA